AUGACUUCGCCGGCUUCUUUAUUAUCUUCUCCCUUCGAAGAGACUUGUAUCUCACCUGCGGUUACCGUAGGUGAGGCUCAAGGAUUCUUUGAAAAGCACGGCAUUUUCUACGCGCCCGACGCGGAGAUUGGCAGUCUAGUGGCAAAACUAGGUAGCGAAGCUGUUCAUGGAAAGAUUCGCAUGGAGCGAUUUCCUAUACGCGAUACACGCCUCCGAGCCAUUAUUGAACAAUUUACCCCGUCGUUCUGUUUCACUCUUGGUCCAGAUCCUUGUUCAUUUUACGCCUCAACGAUCACAGAAAAUCCAAACCAUCGCGCCGUAGUCUAUAUGUGGGGUAGGAGGACACAGUGCGAGUUUUCUGAACGCUCUCAUGUCGGCGAGCUCAAGGGAACUCUGGCAUCCAACGGCCUAGUCCAGGUUCCAUAUUCGUGGUUGAAGAAGAGGAACCUGCAAGACAAAUCAAUCAAACUUGAGGACGGUGGCAUGUAA